UCAAACAUAUUCUUUCGCCGGCGUACAAACACGACCAGAACGAUUUCCCGACAAGCUUUGUUCGAUCAUCAGAAGAGAAACUACAUCUACUGAAGAACAUAACGAGCGAAAGUUGUGAUCUUUCCUGUCUGAAUUUGAAGCCUCAGAGAUGAAGAACAUCAUAGUGAAGGCAAACGCAGGUGCGCUUACAAACUUCGAGGUGCUUGAUUUGCUUAACUCAAGAGGCGCAUCAAAGGAUACUACAAGAGUUAUAGCUUCAGAAACAGUUUCUAGAUCAGAGUACAAGGUCUAUGAUUAUUUGAUGGAGACUGCUGCUUCCACUCAAACGCGAGAGAGCGUUACAAAAUUCUCAGACAAGUGCAAAGAUUUCAAACUGGCCAAAGCUGAGAUUCUCAAUAUCAUCAAUCUAAGACCAUCUUCUGAUGUCGAAUUGACGCCGAUCUUAGAGAAGCCUGAUGAACGAGAAAUCGACAUAGAAGGGAUACUAGCGCUAGUGCAGGAGUUGCUACCGCCUCUUCCUACUGUGGAAGCUCAGAAAGAAAACGAGCAAGAGGAAACAGAGAACGAUGAACAAUCCUAACAUGGCAACUGCAGUUUUGACUUUUGAGUUUAUAUCUUUUCUUUUUUCAGUUUGUAAAAGCAUCACUUUGAGACAUUAUAUGAAGCCUUUCAAGCCCAUUCAUUCAUGUUUUGAAACA